CGGGGCCGCGGGGCGGAGCUGACGCCAUCGCGAGGCGGCGCUGACGCCAUCGCAGCGCGCGGCGGCGGCGGGUGUCGGUCGAUGGCCGCGGCGGAGGCGCGGAAGCGGCGGCCCAAGGGGCACUUCGCGGCGGGGCGGGCCAAGCGGCCCCGCGGCGGCGGGCAGCAGCUGGAGGCCGGCAUGCGGGGCAUCCUCAUCACCUGCAACAUGAACGAGCGCAAGUGCGUGGGGGAGGCCUACAGCCUCCUCGGAGAGUACGGGGACCUGCUCUACGGGCCCGAGCAGUUUUCAGAUCACGAGGAGCGGCUGUCUGGAAGCGAGAGGGAGGAGGAUGAGGACGAUGUCGAGGCUGCCCUGAAGAAGGAGGUCGGCCAGAUCCGCGCCUCGACGGAGCAGAAGCUGCGGCGGUUCCAGUCGGUGGAGAGUGGCGCCAACAACGUGGUCUUCAUCAGAACCCGGGGCAUAGAACCUGAGAACCUGGUGCACCAUAUAUUAAAGGAUAUGCAUGCCACUAAAAAGAAAAAGACAAGAGUCAUUCUGCGCAUGCUGCCCAUUUCUGGAACUUGCAAGGCUUUUAUGGAAGAUAUGAAAAAGUACACGGAAACUUUUUUUGAGCCUUGGUUUAAAGCCCCUAAUAAGGGUACUUUUCAGAUUGUUUACAAAGCUCGUAAUAACAGUCAUAUGAGUAGGGAAGAAGUAAUUAAGGAAUUGGCAGGAAUUGUGGGCAGCCUCAAUCCAGAAAACAAAGUCGAUCUUAAUAACCCACAAUAUACAAUUGUGGUGGAAAUAAUAAAAAGCGUCUGUUGUUUGAGUGUGGUGAGAGACUAUGUUCUGUUCAGAAAAUACAAUCUACAGGAGGUGGUGAAGAGCAACAAAGACGACACACAACAAAACCCAUCAAGCCUGACAGAAGACCAGAACUUGAAGGUAGUAAAACCAGAAACCGAGGAGGAGAAGAGCUUAAAUGAAGUAAAACACGAGAACAAGAAUCAAGGUGAAACAGAAGCUGAGCCCAAGGGGAAUGAUGUGCUGACAGUGUAGAAAAUGUGGUAGAAGGGAAAGAUAAACAGAAUUGAAUCCUAUUAAAGAAAGUUGCCCAUGAGUUCUGAAAGGGCAUUUUAAAGAGGAAAGUGGGUUUUGUUUUGAAAUCUUGUUUUUAAAAUCCACAUCUCUAAGAAUUUUAAUGCUUGUUGCAGGUGGAACUGACAUUACAGCAGAUGUAAGAGUGCUCAAGAGUGUCUCACCUUUCUGGUGAAGCUUGCUGUCAUUCUUCUAUGGUUUUGUUCUGCAUUGCCUUUACCUAGCACAAAAAACAGAUGUCUGUGCAUGCAUAUGUAGAUGUGGCCAUCCUGACAUAUACUGACUCUCCUUGGUUAUAUCUGAUGGCUACAGAAAUCAAAAGGCAGUGCAGAAUCAGCUCUAUCAGGAAGGAUUGACAGAAGUGAGAGAUCUGUAAAAGACAGUUGCUUGCAGAGGAGUUUUUAAGGAAGUGAUCUGACAGCUUCUGUGACUGCAGAACUCGGAUACAUCUUUCGGUGUGAACAACAGAAUGGACUAAAGUUGAUCAUUUCUUGUAUGACAGAGGAUUAUAUGUAUACACAUACGCACAUUGCUCUACAAGGAUAUGCUAAGUCUUGAAAGUGAAUGGGAAGAACUGCUAUGAUCAAAAUGCUUGAGUACUGUGAGACAAUUUAAUAGAUUUGACUUCUAGAACAGCAGAAGUACAAUGCAGUCAUUGCAGAUGGUUUUAGCAAAAACUACAUGUGUGUUUACAUUAGCAGUGUACGCAGCAGUUACUGGUUUAUAGGAAAUGCUGUAGUCACUGAACAGAAUCCUUGAGUAAUUUCCUGCAAAUAGCCUUUUGCUGCUCUUUCCAAAUCCAUGGGGUGGGUUAUAAUGUCCUUGUUUUGGUUUUUUUUUUUUAAAAAUCUCAAAAUUUGAAUUUAAAUACUGCUUGGAAACUUCUUAUGACAGAAGGUCUCCAUUAUACCAUACUAGAUAAGGGGAAUUAAGUUUAAUUUUUGGUAUAGUUUCAGCUUUACAGUAUUAAUUUCAUUUCAGAUUGAAAGUAGUUAGUGAGUCUUUCUGUUGUCCGUUUGUCACAGCAGCUUUGUUGAUACCCUAGUGACUUUUAAAAAAACAACCAAAACCAGUGCAGCUAUAACCUGCUUUCCAGUAGGGUUUUGAGUAUGCUUCCUGUACAACUGUCUAGCUUUAGUAUUUCAUUUCUAGCAUAAAAGCCUGUGGGUUGCUAAUGGGAAAGGAUUAAUCUUUAAGAACACCACUGGUUACUUGUCUUUGUUUAGUGAAAAGGAUAUGUUCAAGUCUCAACAGUGUUUAAUUUAUAUUUUGCUCUUCUCUCAAAAUUGUUUUAGAAGUUGGAAAUUUAAGACUUAUUUCCCUAGUCCUGUCUCCCUUACUACCCAUUUAUUAAAACUCAGCUUUCUUACCUC